CUCAUUGUCGAGAGGUUAGGCCCGAGAUGAAGAUCACGUGCCCAAUCCACAAGAAAGGCAAUCAGAAAUUGAAAAACUCCGGCGGAGGGAAGCGAAACCAUCGCAACUGCUACUAUUGCCUGCAAUGAUGGAUUUUCGGAGCUCCAAUCUCAGUUUAUGGAAGGAGGCCCUCUCUUCCUAUUCAGCCCACAUAAAAUCUCUCAACAAGCCCGACCUCGUUUCUCUUGACGAGUUCUACAGAAUCCAACUUCCUUCUCUCCUCCACCAACGGAACCCUAACCCAUACAUCACCACUCCUGAGCUCUCCAAGCUCAUGCAAUGGAAACUUUCCCGUGGAAAAUGGAGGCCCCGCUUGCUGGAAUUCGUGUCCUCCUUGGAUGAGGAAUUAGUGAAAUCUGCUUCUCAAAAAGCCUUUGAAUCGCUUCCUGAUGUUUCGAAAGCUGUCUCUCAGCUUACAGUUCUGAAAGGCGUUGGUCCGGCAACUGCUUCCGCCGUUUUGGCAGCUUACGCGCCUGAUGUUGCACCCUUCAUGUCUGAUGAGGCCAUGGAGGCAGCUUUGGGUAGCUCCAAAAGUUAUACAUUGAAGCAGUAUCUAUUUUUCGUGGAUAAACUACAGAGUAAAGCUAAGGAAUUAAGCAUAGAUGGGGACUUCUUCACACCAUCUGAUGUAGAAAGAGCCUUAUGGAGUUCUGUCGUUGGGGCCAAGUUGCUAGCUUCGCAGCAAGAUCCAGACUCAAGGACUAAUGCAGAUAGAGACAUAAAAAGAAAGAGAAAACGUUGAUGUGCUGCUGUCUGACUUGACACCUAUGCUUUAUAUUAAUUGUUAGCUCAUGGCUGCAGAUAAUGCAUGUUACUGGUAGUUUCUACUGCCUACUGUAAAGUCUACCAAUCUGGUAACAUAUUCCAUUUCGUUUGACUAAAAGAUGAGUAUAGAAAUGUCUUGGUCCUAGUCUCCCCUGCGGACUUUGGAUAAAGUGAUAAUUACGGCUUAUGACACAAAAACCUGCCUUGAAUGUUGUUCAUUUUCAACUCGCUUGGGUUUUGAUAUUGUCAAUUCAUAUACAAGUUAGGUUAAGAACAUUGAGGUUAGAAGCCAUGCCAGAAGCAGUUCGUUUUCUGUUUGUUUCUUCUCCUCCAUUACAUCUUUUGCCUGCCCCGUGCUAUCUUUUACAACUGUAUUCCCGGUCCCCAAACUCUAUUUUCAGACCAGACCUGGGAUCUCCCUCAUUAGAAAGUGAAUGUGCCACCAAACCUAGAGGCCUAGUAGAUAUAUGGUUGGAUGGAUAUAGAUGGAUCUAGAGUGAAGCUGCUUUCUUUUUAGUGCAUGUGAUAAUAUUUGACUGUUUCUAUGCCACCCAAACGAUUAAUAAAAUAUCAGAAGUUUUCUGAUGGAAUAUUACAAGUUAAA